AUGAAGCUAUCUGCUAAAUACUUUCGGCCAUUUGAAGUGUUACAGAGAGUUGGAAAUGUGGCUUACAAGCUCAAACUACCAGUGGAGUCAAGAAUUCACCCAGUUUUUCAUGUCUUUCAACUGAAGAAAAAGGUAGGCCAGCAUAUCACCACUACCACUUCACUUCCACUAGUUGAUGUUUCAGGUUCUUUCAUAGUUACUCCAAUAGCAGUUCUAGACUCCAGACAUGUUCUUAGAGGCAACAAUACAACCCUGCAACUACUCAUACAUUGGGCUGGAGCUCCUGUUGAAGAUUCCACAUGGGAAGAUACCAACCACAUUCACUCUCAAUUUCCAGAUUUUAUCCUUGAGGACAUGGAUCUUCCAAAGAAGGGGGUGUUGUCAUGUAACUAG